AUGACAUCAUCUCACACGAUGUCUUUCCCUCAAUUUCAAGCUUUAGAUCGUUCACCCCCUCACUUUAUAACCCCACCACCGUUCCCACUGAAAUCUAUCCUCGCAAAUCACAUAUUAUUGACCAAAACAACAUUCAUAUUUCAUAUACCAUCCACCGUAUCAACAUUUUCCUUUGAUCCAUCGUUUUUCCAAAUACAAAACCGUAUUUUUAUCAGAAUGUCUAAGGAAUCUUCAAAUGCUCCGGCCGAGACCCCCUUGAGUGGCUACAUGAACCCUUUGUUCGAAGAACCAGAGGAUCGGGUAGGAAACGAUCGACGAGCAAUCUGCAGCAGACAAGACCCUUUAUUGCGUGUUGGCACUCGCGGUCGUGAAAUUUUCGAUAACAACAAUCAAAUGACAAUCGAGAUCAAAUUCAAGAUCUACACCGACCAGGAGGUCGAAGUGAAUGCCCCAACUCAGAGCACCCCCAAAGUUGGGGCUGGUAAGAAGUCAUCGAAGUCUGCCAAACUUAACCUCAUUGAUUCAAAAGCCAUCAACACCGGUUACCUCGAGAUGAAAGUCUGUCCGUUUGGAAAAAGUCUGAUUGAAUUCAAGGACCUGGUGGCUGGAGCGUGUGAUAAGUAUGAGGCUGGAAUGAAAAAUAUCAUUCUUAAUAGUCCUUUCUCACCUGAGCUGAAGUGGAAAGCCAACAUCGGGCGUUCGAAGUGGGUUCUCACCGAAUACGACCAAUGGCAAGAUUUUGUGGUUACUCUUGAGAAAUCGACCAAAAAGAAGGGUGUUGUUUCGAUUGAGAAUGAAAAUGUUCAAGUUAAAGCCAAAGAGUGUAACAUGGCAUCCGCCACGAAGAUGCUCAUUGCCUCGACUAACGGUGGCCCUGUGGAAAGCCAAGAAUCCGAGGAAUCCAAGAAAGAGAGAGAAUUAGCGACUCACGCUAAUAAGAUCUUCAGUCAACAUGCUAUCGAAAAGCAUGUUGGAGGGCCCGGUAAGAUAUUGACCCUUCCUUGGAAUCCGGCAUUUCGAUAUCGAUUGACUUACGCGGCUGCCUGGAUCUGGGCUCGCGGGGUGAUGGCGAAUAUUGCGACACCUGAUAUCCCACCAAAUACGGCUGAGUUCCGGUACGAGAUCAAGAAGAGCGAAUGGAUCCACCCGGACAUGGGCGUGGAUCAUCGGGUCGAAAUGCGUUUAAAAGGUCGUCCUGAAGUAUCUCAAGGAAGAGUUAACCCUCAGCCUGGUGGCUCGAGGUCACUUGAUACUUCUGAGGUUUUAACUCAAAGUAGAGCCAAGGCUGAUGUCAAACCAGACUUGGCUCAAAUUGGUGAUAAACGGAUCGCCACUGGACCGAGCGAGGAGAUGGAUAUCAAGCCAGACCUCAAGAAGAUCAAAGUCGACGACCCACUCAAAUCCUCCAUCAAUGAACCGAUUUAUGUUUCGAGCGAAUUUGAAAGUGACUGGGAAAGCCAAAGUGACACUAGAUCCGACUCCAUCGAGAUUGAGAACCCCUCCAACUGUCAUACCUUUGAGAUGGAAAGGUUCCUUCAAGAAUGUGAUAUCGGAUUCGAAGAUUUAACCACUCGCACAAUCCUUAAAGAAGCGGGUAUCGUUUCCUGGACGGACUUGAUACCUUGUCUUCAACUCACUGAAUCAACUCUGACCUCCAAGGGGAUCAGCCGUCAAAUUGCCAAUCGCCUCAUGAGUGAAGCUCAAGCUCGAAUCUCAAAAUGA